AUGGCCGAGUCGGGUCAGAGCAGUGAACUCAACUAUCCUGGCCUGCGAUUCGGCGCUGACAAGAAGUUCUCCAUCACCGUCUUCAGCGACCUGCAUUUCGGAGAGCCCACUUGGGCACGCAAUCGUCCUUAUGCGGAUCCCAAAACUAUCGGCGUUAUGUACUCAGUCAUCGACAACGAGCAGCCUGACAUGGUUGUUCUCAACGGCGAUCUCACUUCUUGCGAGUUCGUCGCUCCAGAGAACAGCAACGCUCUCAUCGAUCAGAUGGUGUCACCACUCGUGAACCGCAACUUACCUUUCGCCGCGACCUUUGGCAACCAUGACAUGAGCAAGACGUGCAGCACUCGUUCUACGUCUGAGUACAUGUGGGACAAUGUCAAAGGCAAGAACGGUAAGAAGCUCUCGUUCACGACGUCGUCUGUCCCUGGCGCGCAUGAUCAAGUCGGCACGAGCAACUACUAUGUCCCGGUAUAUAGUUCUUCUGGUGGCGACAACCCGAGCCUGGAGAUGAUGCUGUGGUUCUUCGACAGCAAGGGUGGUCGAGUCUUCAACCCCACAGGCGACGACAUCCCUGUUGGAGGCUGGGUUGACGAGAAAGUCGUUUCUUGGUUCCGUGACACUCGUGAUGGCAUCAAUCAACAGCACAACCGCGUCAUCCCUAGCCUGGCCUUCGUUCACAUCCCUGUACAGGGUAUGCAAGCAUUCCAGAAGCACGGCGGCCGUACGUCUACUACGGAACCAGGCCUAAACGAAGAACUCGUCGGCCACCAAGGCGAUGUUUGUGAUAGCAGUGGCAACAACUGCAACUACAACGGCGCCGACGGACCUUUUAUGAAAGCGCUCGUCGAGACUCAAGGACUGAUGGGCGUCUUCUCCGGACAUGACCAUGGCAUAGAUUGGUGUAUGAAAUGGGCCAAAAAUCUCCCAACAAAUCCUACCAAUGGCAAUGGCGUAAAUUUCUGCUUCAAUCGACAUUCUGGCUACGGUGGCUACACUGAUUGGACCCGUGGCGCGCGCCAGAUUGUUGUCGACGAAGACAAGCUCGGCAAGAGCGAGCUUGAGACGUGGAUUCGACUCGAGGAUGGCAGUGUCUCCGGACAUGUGACUCUGAACUCGACGUACGGCGUCGACCAGUAUCCUCAAGUGCAAAAGUUGAAGAGUUCGGGUCCGUAGAGCAGGCCGAAACCAGAGGCGAUGGUGGCUAGUGGUAGUACUAACGGUUUGACGAGCGCGAAGCUUCAUCCCAAAGUCGUCUCCAACACAAAAUCAAAAAUGAAGUCGAAGACGACGUCGAGUUUGAAAACGAAGCCAACAAAAAAGCCGACGCCAAAUACAAGUAGACCAAAGUCCAACCCCACCCCAGCACCACAGGCGAAGACUGACAAGCCUGAGCGCAAGAUUCUGGCCCAGGUGUAAACACAACAGUCCCCGUUUUCGUCACUUUCAUCAGUUCAGGUAGGACCAUGCCUUAGACGCUUGUUUCAUUUCACAUACCCAUGUUUUCUCCGC